GCGGUGCUAGUAGCGGGAGGAGUAAAGAUGGCGGCGCGGGGGCCUCCGCCUUCAUUCCCUGGCUGAAGCCCUCCGAGGGAGGCAGCGGUGGCCACACAGGGCUACCAACAGUCUUGUGGUGGUAGUUUUGGCAGCAGCUGCGGAAGCUCGAGCCAUGGCGGAGCUGGAGCACCUGGGAGGGAAGCGAGCAGAGUCGGCGCGAGCGCGGCGAGCUGAGCAGCUGCGGCGCUGGCGGGGCUCGUUGACAGAGCAGGAGCCCGCGGAGCGACAGGGCGCGGGGCGCCAGCUGCAGACCAGACGCGGGAGCCCCAGGGUCCGCUUCGAGGACGGUGCGGUCUUUCUAGCUGCCUGCUCCAGCGGGGACACGGACGAGGUGAAAAAGCUUCUGGCGAGGGGUGCGGACAUCAACACGGUCAACGUGGACGGCUUGACAGCCCUGCACCAGGCCUGUAUUGAUGAAAAUUUGGACAUGGUGAAGUUUCUGGUGGAGAACAGAGCCAAUGUAAACCAGCAAGACAACGAGGGCUGGACACCCCUGCAUGCAGCCGCUUCCUGUGGUUACCUCAACAUAGCAGAGUAUUUUAUUAGCCAUGGAGCCAGUGUGGGUAUCGUGAACAGUGAAGGUGAAGUUCCUUCUGACCUUGCAGAGGAACCAGCCAUGAAAGAUCUUCUUCUGGAGCAAGUAAAGAAACAAGGAGUUGACCUAGAGCAGUCAAGGAAGGAGGAAGAGCAGCGGAUGUUGCAGGAUGCCCGCCAGUGGCUCAACCGUGGGGAAAUAGAAGACGUGAGGCAGGCUCGCUCAGGGGCCACAGCGCUGCAUGUAGCUGCUGCCAAGGGUUACUCAGAAGUUCUCAGGCUUCUCAUUCAGGCUGGCUAUGAACUCAAUGUUCAGGAUCAUGAUGGCUGGACUCCUCUCCAUGCAGCUGCGCACUGGGGAGUAAAAGAGGCUUGCUCCACCCUGGCAGAAGCACUCUGUGACAUGGAUAUCCGGAACAAACUGGGCCAGACACCAUUUGAUGUGGCUGAUGAAGGUCUUGUGGAGCACCUGGAGAUGCUUCAGAAGAAGCAAGAUGUGCUUCGAAGUGAAAAGGAGAAACGGAAUAAACUCAUCGAGUCAGACCUGAAUAGCAAGUUUCAGAGUGGACUUUUUAAGAACAAAGAGAAGAUGCUUUAUGAAGAAGAGAUCCCCAAGUCCCAAGAAACAGAGGAAGAAAACAAAGAAUCCAGCAGCUCCAGCUCAGAGGAAGAGGAAGGGGAAGAUGAAGUUUCUGAGUCAGAAACUGAGAAGGAGGCAGAUAAAAAGCCAGAAGCCACUGUCAACCAUUCCAACUCUGAAAGCAAGAGUCGGAUCAUGGAGCAGACCCCAGCCCCAGCUCAGAACACCUUCCCUGCCUCUUCAGCUAGGAGAUUGUCCAGUCUUUUCAACAAGGCAGAAGAGCCUAAAGAUGAAUCUCCUUCGUCAUGGAGACUGGGACUCCGAAAAACCGGUAGCCACAAUAUGCUGAGUGAAGUGGCCAAUUCCAGGGAGACCCUACGGGAUCGAGGUUCUUCCAUCUACCGUUCCUCCUCAAGCCCUCGGAUCUCUGCUUUGCUGGAUGACAAAGAUAAGGAAAGAGAAAACAAAAGCUAUUUCAGUACGCUAGUACCCCGGAGGCUCAGCAGCACAAGUGACAUUGAGGAAAAGGAGAACAGAGAGUCAGCUGUUAAUCUAGUAAGGAGUGGCUCGUACACCAGGCAGCCGUGGCGGGAUGAAGCGAAGGGAAAUGAAACCCCACAGACAAUCGCUCCUUCCACUUACACGUCAACUUACUUGAAAAGUGCUUCAUUUGGUAAAAGUAGUGACCCCACAAGUCCCUACAUUUCAGCCAAUCGCAAUUCAUCUCCUGCUACCUCACCCAUUACCACUGGUUCAUCAACCUCUCGGGGCAGCCAGUGGCAACCUGCCUCUUCUUGCCCUGCAUCAGUCAGUACAAACACUCCUGCAUCUGUGCAGCACGUCAGGACUCCUUACAGGUCCCAGGCCGACUCAACAGCAGAGAAGACAGCAGACAGCGUCUCCUCCAGCACCCCACUGUGCGUGAUCACAAACCGUCCUGCACCAAGCACUGCCACAACCAAUGGCAUUCCAGCUGCCACCUUGUUCUCUGCUGCAACAGACUCCUCUGUGGAAGCCCGGGAGAAGAGGAGGUCUUAUCUGACUCCUGUACGGGAUGAGGAGGCAGAGUCCUUACGGAAAGCACGCUCCAGACAAGCUCGGCAGACUCGAAGGUCUACUCAAGGUGUUACCCUAACAGACCUCCAGGAAGCAGAAAAGACUUUCAGCCGAUCGAGGGCAGAGAGGCAAGCUCAGGAGCAGCCUGCUGAGAAGCUUGAAGAUCCUGCUGGGCUUGAAGGGAGCACCAAGAAGGAGCCAUCCUCAGCCCCAGGGAGGGAAGCUGCCGAGGGCCAGCAGCCUUGGGGCAGGAGUCUGGAUGAAGACCCUAUCUAUCAUCGCCUAAGGUGUCCAACUCAACCAGACAAACCCACAGCCCCAGUUUCUCCUUCUGCUUCAAGACCCUCACUGUACACUGGUUCUCAUCUACUGCACACAAGUAGAGCUUCAGUCCCUGAUUCUGAGGGACCAGAGACUACCACACACGCCACAGCGGCAAAGGAAAUGGACACGAGUGAGAAAGAAGAAGCUGACUUGGAUGAUCAGUCCUCUAACAGGCUGUCUAUCCGAGAGAGGAGACGAGCUAAAGAUCGGCGAAGAGGCACGGGCAUUAACUUCUGGACAAACGACGAGGAUGAAACAGAUGUCUCUGAAGAGGUCAAAGAAGCAUGGCAUGAAAGACUUUCUAGGUUGGAGUCAGGAGGCACCAACCUGACCAGCAGCGAUUCUUACAGUGACCGUGCCUCAGCAAGAGCCCGUCGGGAGGCCAGGGAGGCUCGUCUAGCCAGCCUGACCAGCCGGGUAGAAGAGGACAGCAACAGGGAUUAUAAAAAACUCUAUGAGAGUGCCCUGACUGAAAACCAAAAACUGAAAACAAAGCUUCAGGAGGCCCAGCUAGAGCUUGCUGAUAUAAAAGCCAAGCUUGAGAAGAUGGCCCAGCAGAAACAAGAGAAGUCCUCUGACCGGUCCUCAGUGCUGGAGGUGGAGAAGAGGGAGAGGCGAGCGCUGGAACGGAAAAUGUCGGAAAUGGAAGAAGAGAUGAAGGUGUUAACAGAACUGAAAUCCGACAACCAGAGGCUGAAAGAUGAAAACGGUGCCCUCAUCAGAGUCAUCAGCAAGCUGUCCAAAUAGCUGAGGCCAGGUCUGGGAGGAGGGGACGGCAUUUGCUGCCCACCCUUUAUUUCCAGCUGUGGCCCUUGUCAGUCACCUCCUCUGCACUGUACAUUGUCUCUGCACUCUCCAUGCCCCAUUGCCCCUGCACCUCUAUCCCAAGUUUUACGACAUUUUAACUGAAGCAUGACUGUGGCCAUUUCAAGCAACCUGGAGAAAGCUUUGUGGGGUGCACCAAGCUCAGCUGUGGCUCCCAGCUUUCUGCUGCUUUGUCCACAUUGGCUUGGGUCCAGAUAUGUAAGGCUUUGACCCAUAGCCUUUACACUGACCCACUGUUCUUUAUAUAGCUGAAUCUUGUGGUGGCCACUCUGGGAUCCUUUCUGGGGUGCCAAGAGAAAGGGUGGGAUGUGGGAUUGCUCUCUGGACUGCCUCUGGAGCUGUUUGCUCCCAGCCCAAGGUGACGUGGCUCUACUCUGAGGCUCUGUGUUACUCACCUCUCAGGAACUGACUUGGUUUUACUUUCCUAUCAGGAACCUAGGAACAUCGCUGACCAGUCUUAACCUCAUUUCUCCCUCUCCACAAGGCCAAGGCAGCCUUGGACUGUCUUGCUCCUUUUCUUUCUGUCCUUUGGUGAUUUCUCCUCCCACCCUGAUGGUGUAAAAGCUGAAACCAAGCUCCCGACCUCAGCUGUUUGAAAACUUGUCACUCAGCUGCCUUGGUGCCAUGACCCUAUCCCUGCGAAGCUAGAGGAUGGCUUAGGGGUUAGCCCAUUGUUCAUAUCUCCCACUAGUCUGCUUACAAAAUGAUUUCCUGAACUCUUCAAGUUGUACAAAUAGUAUGCAUCUACAAUCCCAUCACUCGGGAAGCUAAGGCAGGAGGAUCAGGAGUUUGAGGCCAGCUGCCUGAGUGAUGAAUGCUCCAGUCUGCCUUGCUUCCCUUGGCUUUGUUCUCUUCUCCUAAUGAGAAGUGGAGUCGCUGCAAGGAGGCCUGGGCAAGAGCCAGGGUGGAAGCUAGACUAGGGAGUGGAAGAGGCCAGAGACAUGGAGAGCAUCCGAGGACAUGUGGAGCACUGGUGCUUAUGCUGCCAGGGUGGUGAGAACUUGCUUUCUGGGGUCAUAUUCAGGGGAGAGAUCCCUUCUUAGAAGCCAGGAGGAGAGGUGACUGCUGGGUAGAGACUGAAGAUGAAGAAGAGUACUUGUGGACUCUUAGGAGUGGCAAGCCCCAUAGCUCAUCUGGCCCAGCAUCCCUGUGCCUCCCUGCUGCCAUAACUCUGACCUGUGGUCAGCCUCUGGGAGUUAUGCAUGUAUUACUUGAACUUUGGGCACCUGUACUACAUUUUUUACUAAUAGAAGCUGAGGUCUGCUGCUUCCGGGCAGGAUAGCACACUAGGUAUGGGUGGGUAGUGGUCUCUGCUCACCUAGUCCCUUGAGUCCCUCUCAGAUGUCGUGAUUUUGAUGCCUGGCACAUCUUGACCUCUAGCGUCUAGACAAGCAGCCCUUUAGCUUAUCAUGAUACAGCCUAUAUAGAAUACUCCUUAAUUCCAGCACACAGUUAAACUGCUAGCUCUUGUCGAUGAUCCAGUGCUGAUGGGUAUAAUGUGGAUUUUGUCCUUUGGUUCACAUUAAAGGACACAUCCUUUAGUGCCUCAUUGUUUGAGGGCUGCUAGUGAUGUGGACCAUUCUAACACUACCUCUUGGUUUCUCUCAUGAAGACGCCAUGGUCCUUUUUGGUGGCCCUUGCAAACUUCAUGUGCUCUUAAACAGAAGUUGUAAUUCAGGGUCCCUGGUACAGAAUAGGAACUGUAUCUCCUCUGACACUUUCAGUACAUGUAAGAUUCUCUUUUCCAAUUCAACCCGUUCUUCUGAGGAGUCUUGUGUUGGACUGCUCUAACUCUUGUGAAACACUGAGCCACAGUGAGAAGGACCUGCCCUCUGCUAUAGGAAGCAUCCCCUUCUUGCUAGGAGACAUCAACAAGAUGCCAGCCAACCGAUUCUCCUAGCACGGGUUGUACACUGGGAAAGAGGGAAUUGCUGCUGCCUCAUUCUUCGGAAGAGAAAACAUGCUUGUAGGAAAACAGUUUGAAAGGAAACAGUUUAUAGGAAAACUUCCUCCAUUCACAGGCCAGGUUGGAGUUGUAUGCCUUUGGGCCUUUUGAAGUGUAGGAAAGGUUCUCAAAAACUCACAAACUGGCAUUAUACCCACUGCUAUAUGUGGCCUUCAUGUUAAGAUGCCACCUCUUGCCGGGAAGGUUUCCUUGUGACAAGCUAUUGACAGGCCAAGAGCCCAUCAGAGCACACGUGGUCCCAAGCCAUUCCUGGCAAUUCCUUUCAGGCCACCAAUUUUAUUAGAAGCAUUGUGAAUUUGGUCUCUUCCAGAGAAGGGAACUCCAUUUCUUCAAAAUCAUACUGACUGAAAGCCCCCAUGAAAGACAUGGCCUCCUGAGGCCAGCUGUUGUGAGUGUGUAGUCUCCCUUGCCUGUGUUGCUUGGUUGGCCAGUUAAACACUGUGGGUCUCCCCAGUGGCCACCAGCCUCACCUGCUGGCUUCCCAUGCACAGUCUUGUGGCUGGAGCUUACUGUUCCGCUGUGAGCAGGCUGGCAUGCAGGAAGGACUCAGCCUUGUCACACCAGUCUUCAUGGGCCAUUGACAGGGACAGGAAUGUUCUCAUUCAUUUGACAGCUUUCACUACCCACGCCACCUUUGAGGGUACUCACUGGUCAGUCAGUCUCUGGCUGGCGUCUGCCUAUUUGACUUUCAGGGGUUAGAGCCUUUCCAGACAGUUCCUGGGGGUGCUGGUCCCCAGCUCCAUCCCAGUCUCUAGGGGAAGAGCUAUGCGCAUUCAAGAGUGUUACCUCUGAAGAAUCUAUCUUGGAGCCACACCUCCCUGUGUCUGUCCAGCAGUGGGACAUGCUCUCACCCUGCUUUCCCUGCCUCUGUCCCAGUCGUCAGUCCUGAGGUGCAAGGGUUGUUCAGUGGGGUUGCUGGCAGCUUCAGGAGGUACAGGAGCAGCCUGUGGGCCUCAGAACAGGAUAGGAACUAGAGUGAAGGGCCUCUCUAAGCCAUUCCCUCCGCGACUCUGCUCUCUGUCCCCUUUGCAGCUUUUCCUAGCAGAGACAACUCCAACCAUUGCUUACAUGCCUUUUCAGUCUGUCCAGAUCCAUGCCGAAGUAUAGCUGUAGCUAAGUUGCCAUUCUAUUCUGAAGAUAGGUGCAAGCCUCAAACAAUAUAGGUUCCCUUGAUCCAGGAAAUGAGGCAGCUUUGAGGGCAGGAUACUUAAAGUCCUCUUAGCUUAAAAUUCUGUGAUUUAUUCAAAGAUGAGGACUUUUUUUACACUUAAGAUUCCUGCUUCAAAAAUUGCUUAACUUAAGUUCAGUCCUGCUUUUGGGGGAAAAUUCAAGCUGUUUAAGACUGGCCUGUCAGGGUCACUCUUCCCUCCGUGGCGGAGAGAGUUUCACAUUGAAAGUGAUUGAAUAGUGGUGUGGUGGUGGUUAGGUAAAAAUAUUACCACCCCGCAGAGAUGGAGAUCAGAGCUGGGCGGGAUGGACAGACCCGCAGGAGGACACGGUGUGCAUCACUAGGAAAGCAGCAGCUGCUGCUGGGUCUGCUCAGGCACCUCUCCUGGAUGUGACCAGCACGGCUUCUCAGCACCCAGGCAGCAGGAGAGCCUUCCUCUGGCUUCUGUGGAAGGUGCUCUUCCCAGGAGACACCAUGGCCACAGCCCAGAACGCUGCCCAGCUCUAGCCAGAUGCCUCCAGUUGGGGCUUGGCUGUGAGGAAAGGGACAAACCCUGGAACUGGGUGCCUGCAUGCUGUCAUGGGUGAAAGGCAGGCAGAGGGUCUGUGGAUGUGGAACAGGGUGGAGGUCGGAGCCUGGGAGAAAGGAAGCUGGGCUUCUGCACCUGGAAGUGUGUUCCGGCUCACUGAGUUCGUCCCUCAGCUCCAGCUGAGCGAGAUUUUAAUCGGCUCCUCUAAUGGGUAUUGACACUGCUCGGAGCAGUCGACUCUGUCAGGGACAACUAUUGAUUGCUUGUGUUCUGAUUAGAUUGGAAAAAUAGAUCAACUUCAUUAUAGCCCAGAAGCUGUCACUGUCACAGCUACAAAGGAAUGAAGUGGUCUCUGAGGGCUGAGGAAAGUCCAUUGGACUCCUGACAAGCCAGAGAGUAGCUGGAAGCUGGAGCCAACGUCUCCUUGAGAGCUGUGGUUGAGGGUCACAAAUCUCCUGAGGUGCCUUGCGGUCCACCCAGCUCCUGGAUGCCCAGGUCUGGCAUUUCUUGAUUAGAAUGGGAAUGCAGAUAGCCUAUCCCAGUGCGCUCUGUCUCUUGCUCCUCAUUCACCCUCCCAGUUUCUCAAAGCACGUCUAGGCUUAUCUUCCAGAUUGGGAAUCUGCCAGAACAACAUUUUGUUAUUUUGCCUCUAAAUUUUCCACUAACGUUUCCAAUAAAAUUUUGCUUGGGUGGCCCCUUAAGUGCUACCAAGAUGCUAACCUAGGCCUCUCCAAAGUAAGCACAUACUCCCUCCCUCCUCUCAGCUCCCACCACACGCCUUAGGCCUUGCUUUUCUACACGUGGACUUGAUGGUGCUCGAGGGAAGAGGUUUUCCAUUAAUCAGCCAAGAGUCCUUGAGGAUUUUCAAAUGCCAACAGCAUGUCAUUCCGCCCACCACCCAUGGCUACCCCCAUCUACUUUCAAAACUCCCUGGCUGUGCUAGCAGCCCUCAAAGGCCAGGUUUGGCUUAUAGGUCAGCACGACCCCUCUGUCUCAGGGUCGUGUCUGCUCAUCCUAUCUUUUUUGAAAGAUGUGACUGGUGCUAGCUGAAGGCAGAAGUGUCUCCUCAGCACAGGCUAGACGAGUUUGUUUGCAUAGUGACAGCCACGCGGCCAGGAGAGAAGAUCCACAAAAGGCCGGACCAUGAGGCGUCAGAAGAGCCUCCGACAUGCUCUUGAACCCAGAGCUGGGGAAUCAGAGCUUGGAUUCUGAACAAGGGCCACUCAAGCUGGCACCAGCUUGACUCUCUCCAGAGUGCAUGUGUCUGCAGAAGUUACCCAGACUAUCCUAGGAUGGGGGAGACUGCGUGAAAGCAGUUGUAGGAAACAGGGUCCAGGGGGAAGAUUCUGAGAGGAUGCCCCCAGCCAACAUGGCCACCUUCUAGUCAGCCUCCCUUGAGCCCUUAGCAACUCAGCCCUCCUCCUGGCUGGUACCUUCAAGCAGAGCCAUGAUUUCUCUGAAGAGGGGAGCAAUGUGUGAGCAAUGACUUUUCCCUCUGCAGGGUCGGUGAUUCUGACCCCACCUUUGGCUUUACGGUUUUCUUCCAGGCAUGUGUCCUCCGCUCCGAUCCUGGUCAGCACUUUGGCACUAACAUUUUGUAUUUCCUCUCUCUACCCUUCACCCACACUUAGUGCACCAUGGGACUGUUGGCCCGCUGAGUUGUGGAUUAACUUCAGUCAACUGUAAAUACACCUGGGGGAGGCCCCUGAGGGAGGGGAAGCCAGACUGGCUUUCCAAACUGAAUGUAUUUUUAUGCAAUUCUGAGUGGCCUUUUCAACCCUGAGAUGGAUGGAUUUGUUUUACUGAUUGUUGUUAUUAGUAUUAAGUAUUCUGUGUUUGAAAGUUUGAGAAUAAUAUUCACAUCUAUAAGAUGCCUGUAAACACAACAGUAUUUAUAAAUGAGUAAAUAAAACUGUGUUUUACCUUUGUGC